AUGGGAUGGAGAUGCUCAUGCGGAACUUUCUGGAUCUUAAAAACGGCGUCGCAUAGUUCCCAGAAGAGUUUAUCCGCUUCCGGCGACCUAAUCUGCACCGCGCCGUCUUCCGCCAUCAGCGACUCCAUCGCCGUCACUAGCUGCCCUACCGACUCCUCGAUGUACACAACAUCCGCCGCGAUUACCAGGUUGUGUUUGAGCGCCGGCAUGACCGGAGCGAUGUCGGUGAGCACGAUCUCCGUUAGACCUACCAUACCGGCGACUCCGCAUCCGGUUCCUAGCUCGACGGCGCGACGGCGGCGGAAAUCGAGGAGUUCGGCGUAUGGAUUCGGGGACGAUGAUGAUGAGUCCACCGUGGACCAUCGCUCGGCGAACUUGGAGAGAAUCAGAGAGCAAGGCCAGACGGAGGUUCCGACGUGCAUCGAGCCAUUGUCUUGUUGGAUUGAGAGUCGUGUGCCGUUCACGGUCAGAUCGAUCACCGGAGAGUCUGUGAAUUUCAUUUCUAUGAGAAAUUCCUUCCUCAAGCUCUCUCUGCGCGACUCCUUUUGUUUUCUGUAUUACCAUCAGAUUCGAAUAUAG